AUGGAGGAGAAGGGGGUGGAGACGAGGAGGAGGGGGUGGAGACGAGAAGGAGAAGGGGGCGGAGACGAGGAGGAGAUGGGAAGGGUGGAACAUGGAGGAGAAGGGGGUGGAGACGAGGAGGUGGGAAGAGUGGAACAUGGAGGAGAAGGGGGUGGAGACGAGGAGGAGGUGGGAAGGGUGGAACAUGGAGGAGAAGGGGGUGGAGACGAGGAGGAGGGGGGAAGGGUGGAACAUGGAGGAGAAGGGGGUGGAGACGAGGAGGAGGUGGGAAGGGUGGAACAUGGAGGAGAAGGGGGUGGAGACGAGGAGGAGGUGGGAAGGGUGGAACAUGGAGGAGAAGGGGGUGGAGACGAGGAGGAGGUGGGAAGGGUGGAACAUGGAGGAGAAGGGGGUGGAGACGAGGAGGAGGUGGGAAGGGUGGAACAUGGAGGAGAAGGGGGUGGAGACGAGGAGGUGGGAAGAGUGGAACAUGGAGGAGAAGGGGGUGGAGACGAGGAGGAGGUGGGAAGGGUGGAACAUGGAGGAGAAGGGGGUGGAGACGAGGAGGAGGGGGGAAGGGUGGAACAUGGAGGAGAAGGGGGUGGAGACGAGGAGGAGGUGGGAAGGGUGGAACAUGGAGGAGAAGGGGGUGGAGACGAGGAGGAGGGGGGAAGGGUGGAACAUGGAGGAGAAGGGGGUGGAGACGAGGAGGAGGUGGGAAGGGUGGAACAUGGAGGAGAAGGGGGUGGAGACGAGGAGGAGGUGGGAAGGGUGGAACAUGGAGGAGAAGGGGGUUGGAGACGAGGAGGAGUAAAGUCCCUCACCUCUGCUGUGGUCAUUCCUCAGUAA